AUGGCGGUGGCAACAGUAUCACUAUCGGAUCCACGAGUGAAACUCAAUAUUAAUACUUCAAAUCCAAGAGUGACCAAAGAAGAAUCCGAUAAUCCUAAUAACAAUACUGACACAUCAAUAUUAAAAUCUUCCCUAUCACGAUCAUCGUCUCCUUCGAAUAUUAAUCCUCAAAGUAAUAUAUUUUCUUCGUCUCUAACUAAGGAUGAUAUUAAUGUUAAUGAUGAUCUGGCACAGCAAGGAAGACUGUCAGUGACAAGUAUUUCGAAUUUAAUUAAUCAUGAUGAAUGGCGAAAUAAAGUGGAAAAUGAACAACAAAAACUUGGGAACAGCCACCACUCAAAAAAACAACAUAGAUACAACAAUAAAAACAUUAAUGAAUAUAGAAAAAGAAAACAACUGGAUAACAAUAAUAACAAUUCUUUUCUCGACGAAGAGAAUCUCGAUGAACGUCAUAAUCUUCAUCAUCAUAACGUUAUUCUUGAUAAUUCUGCCGAUCCUGCUGCUACUGCUCUUUUAUUGUUAUAUAAACGUCGACGUGUUUCAAUAUCAGAAAACACGCCAUCGCCUGUACCUUCUGCUGGAUUCGAGGACAUAGCGACUGUCGAUGAUGGAGCUUCGGAUGAUUUGUCAUCUGCUACAAUUAUUUCAAAUAUGCCUCCUUCGACCCACACGACAAUAGAGAAUGGUGCUACUGGGGGUGGGAAUAGUCAUAACAACGAAGGAGGUAUAAGUACUAGUAGUGUUGGUGGUGUUAUAUUACCACCAUCAACAUUUAGUGGUAAACAAAUUCGCAAGAAACCUUACAUUCCACGCCCACCAAACUCAUUUAUUCUCUAUCGACAACAUCAUCACCCACUAAUCUUGAAUCAAAACCCUGGUAUUAAUAAUUCAGAAAUUUCUCGUAUUAUUGCGGAUCAUUGGCGAAAUCUUAAUGACCAAGAUAAACAAAAGUGGAAGCGUAAAGCAGAGGAAGCCAAAGAACAUCACAUGAAAGCUUAUCCUGACUAUAAAUAUCAGCCAAGACGAAGAGUCGGGUCACAAACUACCACGUUUCGUAAGGCCACCAUACAUACACCGAAUGGUGCGUUGAUGGAAGAUUCACAAGGGAAAUACGUGGAUAAUUUUGUGAAUGAGGGAUCUUCGUUACAGCGACAGGAACGCCAACAAUUGGACGACGAUCAUGCAGUUCCGAGAACAGAUAUUUUGCCGAUUGAUGAGAUGCGAAUGCUUAACGGAAAUAACAAUAUUGCUGGGCUUGUCAAUCGUGAAAUGAAACGAAAAGAUGUUGUGAUCAUUAAUGGAGGUUCCAAAGAAUUGAGAAAUAUCGCAAGAACUAGGGCCACUCCCAUUGAAGCCCUAAAGGCAAAAUUAUUACCAAGAGCUCCGUCGGCCUUAUUAGCACCAAUACCAUCUUCGCAUGCAAUUGACGGCAAUUCAAUCAACCAGCUACAAUCUCCUUCCAAUUCUUCCUCACCACAGAAUUAUUUCAUUCAUUCCCAAUCUUCACAACCACCCCCCACUCCAACUCGUCUUCCACCACCACACACCCUAAUUCAACCGCUACAAUCAGCCACCUCAUCCUCCGCCACCACAUCCUUACCUCCUUCUCCGAUCAACCCAAUAACAAAAGCUCGUGGAGCAAUGAUUGUCCUAGAAGGAUGUGAAGAUGGAUCUGGAUCGAGGUCAUUGCAAGCUAACAAGUUACUGGAUUUCUUAAAGAACGAAGGAAUCAAAGCAAAAUUAUGGAAGUUCCCUGAUCAUUCUACACCAUCCGGAAAUGCUUUGCAAUCUUAUCAACAAUCUAACCGUCAGCCACCCCCGAAAACACUUCAUUUGUUAACUGCUGCACAUUGGUGGGAACUGAUGCCGACAAUGAAAGAUCAUCUACUUAACGGAACUACGUUAAUCGUCGAUGGUUACGUUAAUUCGUCCAUCGCUGCUUCGAUUGCUCAUGGGCUGGAACUCCAUUGGUCUAAAUCUAGUUAUGCACAUAGCCUGAGUCCAGAUUUAGUAUUUUUUCUAAACAUGUCUGGAACAGAAAGAGAACAACGAGAACAGCAACAACGAGAACAAAAUUCUUCUAGUGAAUCAACAUCCGAAGAAAAUAAUCGUUCAUCUAUCGAAUGGCAGCGACGAAGACAUGAUGCAAUGGAAAGAAUAGCAGAAGGACAUUGGAAGACCUUGGACGCGUCUAAAUCGAAUACUUUGAUACAUGCACAAAUGAUUGAAGCAUCGAUCGAGGUCAUCGAAUGGUGCCGGAAAUGUAAUACUAGCUACGGAACAACCGGCAACAACAACAUCUUGCCAAUGUAUUCGCCCCCACUAGAAACACAACCAUCUAUCAAUGAAUAUCACCGCAAUCACAUCCAUCGUUACCACCUCCAUUUGCAAGCAGUGAUAAACAACCGUAGGAAUCUGAAUAAAAUGGAUAUCGAUCGUAAGGUGAUAUUUAAAAAUUUGGAAGAAGAAAAUGAAGGGGAUUUUGCAUCUUACGAAAAGACACUUGCGUGUGGUCAUUUUUCUAUACCGAUACGAUUGAUCACUAUUUUUGCGGAUCAAGAAUCACCGGAAUUGCCACAAGCACUUUCAAUAAGUGGAUUUUCCCGAUAUAGUGUCAAGUUUCCUGUUAUCUCGAUGCAUUGGAUUACGUUAGGCACAAGGUUAAAAGAUGAACAUGAAGACGACAUUUUCUACAUGUUGUUCAAUUCAUUAACCACGAAUAACUUGGUUGGUGUUAUUCCACUGGCGAAUGAUUGGUAUGGAAUAAUUGAACCGAACACGAAUAAAAAUGAAGGGAUACAUUCCUAUUUAAGCAUUCUCCCUCAAGGUACUGAACAUCAGUUUCUAAUCGAUCCUAAUAGAGUAAAUACGAAUCCAUCACCAUGGCUACCACAAAAAAGUUACACGACCGAGGAAAAAAUUACAUUACCUAAACCUGAUAUUGUGGAGAAGUAUGGCACUAAUUUGCCAUACGAUGAGACAAGAUUUAACACAAGUAUCGAUCAAUGUCGUAAAAUAAUUCAAGUCUUUCAUAAUACAAUACUUCGAGAUGAUUUGAUUAGUGUGCUGCGUUCGUCGAGGGAAAAAUAUCCGAAUGGGAAUACCAACAAAAUGACGAUAACAAAACUAUUAAGAGAGUUUGGGGAUCAUCAAUUCGAUGAUGAACUAGAAGACGAAGAAGCGGCAGAAGAGUACAUGGAUAGGCGUGAGGACGAGGAUAUUUUUAUGCGCGAUUAUAAUGAUCAAGAUAAACCUGGAAAUGAUGAACAGCAGCACAAUGAAAGGUCAACUCAGAAAAAUGCUUUUCUACUUUGUAUCAAAGCUCAGGAUGCACUCGAUGCAAAAAUUUUAGCAACGUCUUGUCGAUUAAAUCGUUACAAUCAUUUUUUCCAAUUAUUUAUCCUUCAUACUAGAUCGAAUCGGUCAGUGUCUGAUCCUCGAGAUUUAGAGCCUCUUUUGGAAGCUUUAUGG